ACCAGCUGUAAAACAUCAACUUGCAAACAAUUAUUGGUGGAUUUAAUGUUGGAUUCAAUACCAUGACCAGCCGCAGCCGAGCUAUAAAUGUUAACCUGGAUGCGGUCAUCAAUGAUCCAUUACGUGAGCUGUUCGAGGCCUGCAAAACGGGCGAUAUUGCCAAAGUUAAGAAGCUGAUAACAUCACAGACAGUUAAUGCUCGUGAUACGGCAGGACGCAAAUCGACACCACUACACUUUGCAGCAGGUUACGGUCGCCGAGAGGUUGUUGAAUUUCUUCUCAAUAAUGGUGCUUCCAUACAGGCAUGCGACGAGGGUGGCCUACAUCCAUUACACAAUGCCUGUUCCUUUGGUCAUGCCGAAGUUGUACGUUUGCUACUGAAAGCCGGAGCCUGUCCCAAUACCACAGACAAUUGGAAUUAUACCCCGCUGCAUGAAGCUGCCAGCAAGGGUAAAGUCGAUGUGUGCAUAGCUCUGUUGCAGCACGGUGCCAAUCCGAAUAUCCGCAAUUCGGAAAAUAAAACGCCACUGGAAUUGGCGGACGAGAAUACACGGCCCGUUCUCACCGGCGAAUAUCGUAAGGAUGAACUUUUAGAGGCGGCUCGAUCCGGGGCCAAGGAACGUCUGUUGGCCCUGCUGACACCACUCAAUGUUAAUUGUCAUGCUAGCGAUGGUAGACGUUCAACACCUUUACAUUUAGCAGCGGGUUACAAUCGGAUAGCGAUAGUCGAAAUUUUGCUGGCACAUGGAGCGGAUGUGCAUGCUAAAGAUAAAGGUGGUUUGGUGCCAUUACACAAUGCCUGUUCGUAUGGUCACUUUGAGGUGACCAAACUAUUGAUCAAGGCCGGUGCUGAUGUCAAUGCCAAUGAUUUGUGGGCAUUUACGCCGUUGCACGAAGCUGCCUCUAAGAGUCGUGUCGAAGUGUGUAGUCUGCUCCUGAGCAAGGGGGCGAAUCCGACGCUACUCAAUUGCCACAAUAAAUCGGCAAUUGAUUCGGCACCAACGAGGGAAUUGCGUGAACGUAUUCACUAUGAAUAUAAAGGUCAUUGUGUCUUAGAUGCUUGCAAAACGGGUAAUAUACCAAGGUUAAAGAAAUUCCUUUCCUCGGAAACGGUGAACUUUGUACAUCCCUAUACCGGAGAUACACCACUGCAUGCCACAGCUGUGUCCAUUGAUCCCAAAAGGAAACAGAUAUCGGAGCUACUUAUACGCAAAGGUUCUCUGUUGAAUGAGAAAAACAAAGCAUUCCUUACACCCCUACAUGUGGCAGCCGAACAACUGCAUUACGACAUUAUGGAUACUCUAUUGAAAAAUGGUGCCAAAGUCAAUGCUCUUGACGGGCUGGGACAAACGGCAUUACACAAAUGUGCCCGUGACGAACAGGCCGUGCGUUUAUUACUCUCCUACAAUAUUGACACCUCCAUUAUCUCAUUGGAAGGCUAUACCGCUGCCCAGCUGGCCUCAGAUAGUGUUUUGAAAAUUCUCAAAGAUCCACCAGACACUGAAACACAUCUGCUGGAAGCUGCCAAGGCUGGAGACUUGGAUACGGUGCGACGCAUCGUCUUGGCCAAUCCUCAUUCGGUGAAUUGUCGUGACCUAGACGGUAGACAUUCAACACCAUUGCAUUUCGCUGCCGGCUUUAAUCGUGUACAAGUUGUGGAAUUCCUAUUGGAACAGGGAGCCGAGGUACAUGCAGCCGACAAGGGUGGUCUGGUACCUCUACACAAUGCCUGUUCAUAUGGCCACUUUGAAGUUACAAAAUUGUUAAUCAAGGCUGGUGCCAAUGUCAAUGUCUCCGACUUGUGGAAAUUUACACCGCUCCACGAAGCUGCAGCCAAGGGAAAAUAUGAUAUUGUCAAAUUACUUCUGAAACAUGGUGCAGACCCCACGAAAAAGAAUCGUGAUGGUGCCACUCCUGCCGAUUUAGUCAAAGAAUCCGAUCAUGAUGUGGCCGAGUUGCUUAGAGGCAACUCAGCCCUUUUGGAUGCUGCCAAGAAAGGCAAUUUGGCACGAGUACAAAGGCUGGUGACACCCGAAACCAUAAAUUGUCGUGAUGCUCAAGGUCGCAACUCCACACCCUUGCAUUUGGCCGCUGGCUACAACAAUUAUGAGGUGGCGGAAUAUCUCUUGGAGAAUGGAGCCGAUGUCAAUGCCCAAGAUAAGGGUGGUCUAAUACCUCUGCACAAUGCCUCUUCGUAUGGCCAUUUGGAAAUAGCUGCUCUACUCAUCAAACACAAGACUGUGGUAAAUGCUACCGACAAAUGGGGUUUUACACCCCUGCAUGAAGCAGCCCAGAAGGGUCGCACUCAACUAUGUUCGUUGUUGUUGGCCCACGGAGCUGAUCCCUAUAUGAAAAAUCAAGAAGGCCAAACACCCAUUGAAUUAGCCACAGCUGAUGAUGUGAAAUGUUUGCUGCAAGAUGCCAUGGCUACAUCGUUAAGUAGUUCGGCAUUAAGUGCUUCCCAACAAUCAUUGCUGAGCAACAAUUCCACACCGCUGGCUCCUGUCACUGCAACAACAGCGGCCACAGCCGCCAACAGCUUGUCGGCAACAAAUGGCAGCAAUGUGGCCGCCUGUACUGUGUUAUCCCCCAGCACUGAGACCGUUACCCUGCCUUCGGGUGCCUCAAUGACCCUAAGUGUUCCUGUGCCUCUACCCCUGUCGACACGUAUUAGUCCCGCCCAGGGUGCCGAAGCAAAUUCCACUGAUUUGGGUGAAGAUGUUGCUGAUCCUGAAUCGAUAACAAACAUUGCCAGUUUCUUAAGUAGUCUGCAGCUAGAACAUUUAACGGAUCUCUUUGAGAGAGAACAAAUCACAUUGGAGAUAUUGGCGGAGAUGGGCCAUGAAGAUUUGAAACAGGUGGGAGUGUCGGCAUAUGGUUUCCGGCAUAAAAUAUUGAAGGGCAUAGCUCAAUUGAGGGCUACCACAGGUAUUGGCAAUAAUGUCAAUCCUGGCACAUUGCUAGUUGAUCUUUUACCAGAUGAUAAAGAAUUUCUAGCAGUUGAAGAGGAAAUGCAAGCCACAAUACGAGAGCAUCGUGAUAAUGGUCAAGCUGGUGGUUAUUUUACCCGAUAUAAUAUUAUACGAGUUCAGAAGGUACAAAAUCGCAAACUAUGGGAACGAUAUGCCCAUCGUCGCCAAGAAGUUUCCGAAGAGAACACAAUGCAGGCCAAUGAACGAAUGCUCUUCCAUGGUAGCCCCUUCAUCAAUGCCAUUGUCCAGAAGGGCUUUGAUGAACGACAUGCCUAUAUUGGUGGAAUGUUUGGUGCUGGCAUCUAUUUUGCCGAACACAGUUCGAAAAGUAAUCAAUAUGUUUAUGGUAUUGGUGGAGGUAUUGGAUGUCCAUCGCACAAGGAUAAAUCGUGUUAUAUGUGUCCAAGACAACUGCUAUUGUGUAGAGUAGCAUUGGGUAAAUCAUUUCUGCAAUAUAGUGCCAUGAAAAUGGCUCAUGCACCUCCGGGACAUCAUUCCGUUAUUGGCAGACCCUCGGCUGGCGGUUUACAUUUUGCCGAAUAUGUAGUCUAUAGAGGUGAACAGGCCUAUCCAGAAUAUUUAAUAACCUAUAAAAUUGUAAAACCUGAGGACAGCAGUAGCGGUACCGAAGAAACAAGAUGAUGGAUGCCCUCAGUCGGUUCUACACCAACCACAUCAUCGCCAGCCCUGCAACAGCAACAGUCAAUACAAUCUUCUAUGGCUCCAGUACAGCACUCAACAAAUGCCACCACCGGGCAUUUGCCACCGCAACAUUCCUCUAGCAUUGCUCUGCAACAGCAACAUGCCAAAAUACAGCAGCAACACUCACUGCCAUUGCAGUUACAAUAUCAGGUGACCACGACCCAACCAUCACCGGCUGGUAUGUUUAUAAGUCAAACGGCCGGGAUUAUAAGCAGUACAGCUGCCUUGGGUAAUACGGCAUCGUUUUUUAAUGCCGCAACAUCGGGUGCUGAUUUAUCGCCAACAUCAUCGACAGCUUCGUUUUCAUCGGUGGAUACAAAUCAAACGUUGCUGAAUUCAAUUGCAGCCAAUCAACAGCAGCAGCAACAAUCACAGGCUUCAUCGACCAAUCAACAUCACAUGUCAUCUGCCAUUGUACCCUCCUCGAAUCGUUCAUAUCGCACCAAAUAUAGUCAAUUUAUGAUUAUCACACCAGCCGUGUCGAUAGACAGGGAUUUUGAUCGCACUGAUACGUUGUCCUCAAAUGCUGCCGACAACCAUGGCUUUCACACGGCGGACGACGAUCCCUAUCCCCACAAUGGCAACAUCUUUCGCUUUAACAAUUUACAGGCAAGCAUUGAUAGCGGCAAUAGCAGUGACAGCGGUUCGUUUCGUUCCAACUACAAUCCCUAUUUGCACAAUAGCCGACAACACUUGCUGCCCAAAUCAGCCCCACCAUUUUACAAUUUCUCACCGUCGUCGUGGUGUAAUUUGAUUUGUGCAGCAAUGCGUUGUUUUGGUGCUGGAGGAGGGGGUGGUGGCGGUGGAGCGCACGGUAGCAGUGCCCGCAAUCGUAGCGGUCUGUAUAGCACCUCCUUUGGACGUCCACCCUACCAGAGGUCACGCAGUUCGGGACCGCAUACAUCGUCGAAGACGCCGCAUCGUCGUUUGCGUUCGUAUUCCACAUCAUCGUUUACACCUGAAACUGCCUUUGAGCAUUUCUCUGCACCGUUUAAGGCGCGCAAGACGCGUGACGAACAGAACAACAUUGCCUAUGAGUUGUGACGCUGGUUAAGAUUACAGGAACAAAAGCAACAACAACAAUUACAAAUGGAGCCGCAACAAAAAAUUAAACUUAGACUUCCAGAAACAACAACAAAAAAUGAUCUCUCUUUUUUAUUACCACAAAAGCAGAAAAAACAACAAUUACUACUACAAAAACAACUAAUAAUAACAAUACAACUAUUGCAAAAUUUACGACAACUAUUCCUCAUAAUUAAGCUCAUUA